AAUCACACUGUCAAAAGAUAAUUGUGCGCAACUGGCGGAUCCGACGCCCCCACUCCCAGUCGGAACGGUGGUCGUCACGCCCUUGUGCUGGUGGUGAUGUCUCUAAUGAAUAAACAGAGCUAAACGGUCGUCGAAAUCAAUAGAAAAUGACAGGUAGAAUCACCAUGUCAUUUUCAUUAUGACGCAUUACCUGAAGAGAAAGUCCCGUGGCCACAGCCAAAGCCAAUGUUAUGCUCUAUGAUGCCACCGCAUGCACCUGGGUGCCAUCUGGUCCAGGUCUUGGAGUGUCGAAAGUUCAGUUGUACCACAACUCGGCAACCAACGCAUACCGUGUAGUUGGAUGGCGUUUGCAAGAUCGUGAGGUCGUCAUCAAUUGUGCCAUUGUGUGUGGUUUGAAGUAUCACCGAGCCCGGCAAACAUUUCACCAAUGGCGUGACGCCAAGCAGCAGGUCUAUGGCUUGAAUUUCACCUCUGCGGACGAGGCAGAUGAAUUUGCCGCCGCGGUGGAACGUGCAUUGGAACGUCUGGCUGAGGUGCACAAAGAGAAGGUGCAGCAACAACUGCAACAGCAGCAGCAGCAACAACCACAGGCUCAGUCACAUGCAUCGCAACCAAUCCCACAACCCCAGCAGCUUUUUCCCCACCAAUCCAGUGCACCCGUAAUCAAUCGCCCUAUGCAGGAGUGCGUUCCCGACUACGACGUAUCCAACAGUAAUCGUGCAUCUAGUCAAGACCCACAAUCCACACGGAUGGUCACCGGGACCUAUGUGGACCUGAACAAUGCAGUUCUUCCUCAUGCUGCUGGACAGCCUUCCAGCCCGGUCCACUUACACCCGCAGACCCCAGUCACGGCAGAGUACGCUUAUCCGGGACAGACGUCUGGCGAUGCGCCAAGACAAAAUGAUGAAAAGUAUGGGACCAGCUCAGCCGUCGCUACUGGAACGGUGUUCAACGGCAACGGUCAUAUUCAAUCCGAUCCCAGGUGUUACUCCUCUUCCGACGACAGCGUGAAGAGCCUUAGUCGCGCUGUCGGUAUGCUAAACUGCGCGGCUGGUCCCUCAAUCCGGUCAUCCGAUGGUGCCGCUUCUCCAUGCCCAAGUUCAGGUUCGGGCCGUGCUAAUUCCAUCUCUUCUGCUCCGGCAACCGUUGUUCCUCCGCCGCCACCUCCGCCUCCACCACCACCGCUUCCAUCGUCCUCUGGUAGCGCUCGCCUUAGCCGUCCGCUUUAUCGAUCCACAACUAAUGCACCCUCCGUGUCCGACACCGGUGAUGAUGAUGGAGAGGAAGACGGGUCAAAUCCCGACUCUGGUUUCGCGUCCCAGCUUCGAAUGGCCAAACAGCACCGAAUGCGUGCUGCCUCCUUAGCUGCGGUCAAUUCAGAUCACUCCUCGGGCUCCGCCACAGUGGGCCGUGCUGCCGGAUUCGAUAUGAUAUCUGAUCUGCAACGUGUGUUGGCUGCUCGUCGACGAGCCAAAGAAGCUGAGGAGAACGGAACCAUUGAGAACGGAGCCAUCGAAAACGGUGGAGGCGGUGAUAUACCGUCAUCUCAGUCUUCGACACUCGCCAAUCCACGGUGCUUGGGAUCCAUGCCAGCGCAACAUCAGCCGGUUUCCAGCGCCAGCGGCUCCAUUGUACCCGGUUUCGCUACAUUACGAAAAAAUUCUAGUCCGGCUCUGGACUCCAACACGUGCGGCCUUUUCCCAAACUCUUCCACCCAACCAACUUUUGGAGGCAAUGCUUCCACGACUAACGGGGCAUCAGCGAUGGCACUUGUGUCUCGGGCCGAUUUAGAAGUAUUCAAGCGUGAACUGAUGUCCGAAUUUCGUCGCGAGGUGCAGCAACUGAAGAACGAUGUGAUCGAAGCUCUUCGCGCCUCUGUCAAUCGAUGUUGACAAAUCAAAUCCACUUGUGUCUCAACUCCUCUGCGCGAUGGCUUCUUCACUUAUUGAUGAUCACCACCAUUCCAUUGGCGUUCGCUGUGCGCCAUCGCCACCGCAGCCCACUUCCACAUCAACCAUGAACAUCGUUACGAUGGUAUCGCCAUUCUCCUCUUCCGUGACCGUCUCGCUUCCUCCCUAAUCCUUUGCCUUUCUCUCUUAGUAGUAUCACGCCACACAGGAGUACACUGGUGUUAUCACCUAUCUGUAACAGGUGUUCGCUUGUUAUUGUAUGACCUCUGACAUGCCAUGGCUCUCACUAACUUGAUGUUAGGCUUUUUUCGAUCUCGUGCAUUUCCAGCUGGUUUUCUUGUAUCCACUUGAUCCUCCACUUCAGUUGUACCCCCUCACCCCAGUUGUUUGGCGUUUCUUCACGGUUAACCUUAUCGAUUGAUUCACAGUAUUUUGCGCCUUUAGCACCGGAUCGAUUACCCUGUUCACCUGUUCAACCCUCGAUGACACUGCAUUGUGCUUAAAUACUGCUUUUGUUUGUCUCCUGCCUUCUCACCCUCACUCCACAAGCCUCCACCGCCCUCUGUAUCGCUUUUGCUGCCCUUUUUUCUGCCGGACUAUUUCUCCAUCGAUUACUCCGCUCCAACUAACCCCAGCACCGGCGGCGGCCACCUACCGAUGGCCUUGGCGAUCGACUGUGAAAUGUUUCCUAACUCUGCUGUGUUGCAUGCGAUUGUUUUGUUUUGUACACAUCGUCCGGCUUUCAUUACACACGCUUCCUUGUUAUCUGCUCUGUUCAACUUUGUCACGCGGCAAUGUUUCACGCAGCUUCUCCCGUUCUAAUCCUCGUCCCUAACUUCUCUUCUUUGUGAGCAGAGGAGGCGGAGAGCUCAUACAUUAUCCCCAAUUUACUUGCCACCUCGGUAUAUAUGAUUAUUUCACUUUGCUUCACUAGUUAUCUAUUAUACAUC